AUGAAUCGGAGUGUAGAAGAAAUCUCAAAUGAUCCUUUGGUGAUCCAGAGAGUGAUCGUCGGUCCUGAUUUAACUCCCGAAAGGUUCGUUGAGAAAGUGAAGGCCCGUUCCCUUAACCGCAGCACGCUGGCCAAGGACAUCUUCGAUAUUGUCGUUCGAGAGGAAGUGGCGAACGAAGUCGAUCCCGGAGUCUUGAGAUUCGUGUCCACCAAACUCUGGAUGAAAGCAAAUUCCCAAGUGAAGAGAGAUUACAAAGGUUGGUAUACACAAACCAUUGAGAAAAUGAACUUCAGACAAUUCCCUGGUGCACAGGAUCCUUGUGUUUCAUCGAACAACCCGUUGGUUCAAAAUUUUCUGGAAAAUAUGAAUUAUGGUAAUAUAUCACCACCGGCGUUGGAUGAUCCCCUAAGGAUCCUCGAUCAUUUUAAAUAUAGGGUGAGGAAGAUGAAUGCUAAAAUUAUAUUGGAACUAAAUGUGUUGCAAGAGGCAAAACGGCUACGGGUAAACGAUCGCAAUGUGACCAACGAGGUGAUUUGCAUCAUAUGGAAGAGGGCUACGACGCGAGACAUCUAUUUGUGGAAGCAGGUGUCGGAAAAUGCCAAGAGCCAUGUCACGGUGAAAUUUCCGUUAAUGAGGAUUGAGGCAAAUGCCAAACAUUUUAACGGAGAGGCGGGAAACUUUGAAACCACUUUGAAAUAA